AUGUCCAUCCAGGACGACGCCUUUGCGAAAUCUUUCUAUUCUUUCAUCAUGUCUGACCUCGGCCAGAAUAUGUCGACACUGGCGAGCGAUCCUGAAGUUUUACAAUUGUAUACCAAAGACUUCCAGCCGAAUCAUAGCUAUGGUACGCUCAGUUGGGACUACGCAAAAAGUAGCUUUGACAAUCUGACCAGCCACGGCAUGUCUCGUGAGCUGGGGGUGCGGCCCUCGACGUUUUACGUGCAAUACAUAUGCCAAGUGCCAGAGUUGAAAUCGACGGGAUCGCUGAUAGUGGCCAUAAUCCUUGCCGACCUGGUUUUCCUGACGACGGCCUGGUCGGCUCUGAAGCUCAUCACCACGUGGAGGCUUGAGAGAAAGGACAAGGCGGCAAUGUAUUGUGCUGGAUGUGUACGGUCAUUUGCGCGGAACGGGUACGAGCUUCAAAGUCUCGCCACGCCCAACAAGAAAUCGCAGACACGAUUGCCACAAGAGAGUCACACCACAUUCGACACAUCGUCGUUACGAAAUCGAGUGCGUGGUCAAUUUCAGUCUGUAAUGAAUGGGGAGUCUGAGGGCGUACGAUCUGUGUCUUGGUGA